AUGGAAGAAACAAGGAAGCUCUCUCCAAAGCCAUGUAAAAGCAAAGAAGCUGUGAAAACAGAGUGGGGAUCUCAGAGUGUUGUGUUUACCUAUUUCCAAGGGGAUAUUAACAGCGUAGUAGAUGAACAUUUUUCCAGAGCUCUCAGCAAUGCCAAGAACCCACAAGACCUGAGCACAAAGCACAAGGGUGACAAUGUUGUCCUGAAGAAUGACAGCAUGUCUCCCCAUCAGUGGAAUUUCUCAUCACAUUGCUACAAACCGUAUCCGUCAUCUUCCGCCACGAGCAUGUCAAAUUCCGGCCUGAAUUUUUCUGCUGCCGGUCUGGGAGGCCAAUACCAGCCACCGGCUCUGCGCAGUCACCCAACUCAACCCGCAGAUCUGUGGCCCUUCCCUUCCAUUGGGUCUCCCGGUGUCACCAAUUCCAUGUAUCAUCCUGCCCUGCCCAACCUGCACGUGGUGGAUGAACCCAUCUCUGACAGGAAAUACGGUUCUCUCCUUGGCCUCCUGCAACAGGAAAGGUGCCUGACAUCCAUGCAAGAAUGCACCGUGAAGCAACACUCGAGUUCUGCUUGUGUGACUGGACCUGCUAGGUUACAAAAUAUGAGUCAAAGUUCAGCUCCUGGGGGAGAGAGGAAAGGAAGCUCUUACCAAGACUCAGAAAAUCCCAGCGUAAGCCAUGCCACUGCAGGUAUUCAGAUUCAUGACAGAAGACAAGACUUGUACUUUUAGCAAAUG